GGUCAAGGGGGACGAAGGGACAAGGGGUGGGGGGCGAGCCAGGCUCCCUGGCGCCGGAUCCAGGAUGGACGUGGCCGACCCGCAGCCGCCGGGCCUGUUCCCCGAGGGCGAGCUGAUCGCCGUGGGCAUGGACACCUUCAUCCACCGCAUCGACUCCACUGAGGUCAUCUACCAGCCGCGCCGCAAGCGCGCCAAGCUCAUCGGGAAGUACCUGAUGGGCGACCUGCUGGGCGAGGGCUCCUAUGGCAAGGUGAAGGAGGUGCUGGACUCCGAGACGCUGUGCCGCAGGGCCGUGAAGAUCCUCAAGAAGAAGAAGCUACGGCGCAUCCCCAACGGCGAGGCCAACGUGAAGAAGGAAAUCCAGCUCCUGAGGAGGUUACGGCACAGGAAUGUCAUCCAGUUGGUGGAUGUGCUGUACAAUGAGGAGAAGCAGAAGAUGUAUAUGGUGAUGGAGUACUGCGUGUGCGGCAUGCAGGAGAUGCUGGACAGCGUGCCUGAGAAGCGGUUCCCUGUGUGCCAGGCCCAUGGGUACUUCUGCCAGCUCAUUGACGGCCUGGAGUACCUGCACAGCCAGGGCAUUGUGCACAAGGACAUCAAACCGGGGAACCUACUGCUCACCACAGGCGGAACACUCAAGAUCUCGGACCUGGGUGUUGCCGAGGCCCUGCACCCCUUUGCUGCGGAUGACACCUGCCGGACCAGCCAGGGCUCCCCCGCAUUCCAGCCACCCGAGAUCGCCAAUGGCCUGGACACCUUUUCUGGCUUCAAGGUGGACAUCUGGUCAGCUGGGGUCACACUCUACAACAUCACGACAGGCCUGUACCCGUUUGAAGGGGACAAUAUUUACAAACUGUUUGAGAACAUCGGGAAGGGCGACUACACAAUCCCAGGUGACUGUGGCCCCCCACUCUCCGACCUGCUGAAAGGGAUGUUGGAAUAUGAGCCAGCCAAGAGGUUCUCCAUACAGCAGAUCCGGCAGCACAGCUGGUUCCGGAAGAAACACCCAUUGGCUGAGCCGCUGGUCCCCAUCCCACCCAGCCCAGACACCAAGGACCGGUGGCGUAGCAUGACAGUGGUGCCCUACCUAGAGGACUUGCAUGGCCGCGCCGAUGAGGAUGAGGACGAGGAUCUGUUCAGCAUCGAGGAUAGCGUCAUCUACACCCAGGACUUUAUGGUGCCCGGUGGCCAGGAAGUAUCUGAGGCAGGGCUAGUGAGGAGCGAGGCGCAUGGAGGAGCCAGGGCACAGCCCUCUGAGGAGAGGAAGCCGAGGAGGAGCGAGGCCUUAGUGUAGCCUGCUCCCCGCCGUUUCUGCUGCCUACCCUACCCAGUGACCCUGGACUGGCUCUGCCAUAAAGCUUUGUCUGCCGUGUGUCUGGGUGAUGCACUGUGGCUUCCCUCCGCCAGGUCCCAGUGGCCAUUACCACAAGGAUUCCUGAGGGAACAGGCACCUGAGGGGUGGGAGGACUAGGCAGGUGGCCCCAGGACAUGGGGCUGUGGCUGCAGGGGAGGGUCUGGGAAGGUCGGGGUCAGGGAACUCAGCAUCACUUCCCCGGCACUGUGCAGCAGCACCCGGGCCCUGUGAGCCCCACUGGCCUAGCUAGGUGGCCUGCGGCUGAGCAGGGCACCGGAGGCUGUGCUGUCUCCUGUCAGAUGUGGCCCCUGGGUGCCAGCUGCUUCCUGGGUGUCCUGGGCAUCCUAGGAGGAGAAGUGUACAUGUGGGGUCCUGUGGGAGGAAGCCCUGCCAGGAGGCUCCCAAGUCUGCUGUCUAAGGCAAGACUCAGCCUGGGCCCUUUGCCCUGACAGGCAGCCCCUCAGCCCCAGGCCAGGGCGCCAGGCCAAAACUUCCUUGUGGGCUAGGUCCUGGCACACAGACCAUGGUUCCUGCGCAGUAACCCUCUUGGGCCCCUAAGUCCAUCAGGCCUGCCUUGGCUUGAAGAAAGAUGAGGUUGGCAGGGAAGAGUAGGGGAUGGGUGGAUACCAUCUUUUCCACUCCUGUGCCCAGUGCCCUAACUGCCCGGAAGGUGCCCCUGUGCCUGGCGCUACAUCCCCAACCGGGUAUGGCUCUUUGUGCAAAAGCAGGAUGCUGCGGUGGCUCGGCUGUGGCUCACUUGCCCCAGGCUGGUUCCACUUUAUACACCUGAUUGUCCCCACCUGGCCUGGCAGUCCCUUCACCAUCCCAAAAGCUGGGUCCAGGCUGCAAGUCAGCAAGAUGUCAGACCUACUCAGCACAGACCUGAUGACAAGACUGGCUGGCAUCUCAUUACCAAAGUCCCUGUGGAAGCAUCUGCGAAUGCAGGGUUGGGGCAGGCCAGCUCUGGAAGCCAAGUCAGGCCUGCCCCGCCCAGCACAGGGCACAUACUGGCCCCAGGAGCCUUGGAUAGCAGCUUCCUGUUGACAUCUGCAGAGUUGGGCUGAGUGACCAUGCUAGCUCCCAUUGGGUGGGCUGGCCCUGCCUGCAAGAGCUGCUAGAGAGGCAGGCCUCCACCUCCCCUUGCCUUUCAAGCAAGUGCCUAGCUGGGCAGGGUGGCCACAGUGGACCUUGCCGUGACAGGGAUGAGCACCUGGGUGGGGGUGUGCAGACUGGGCUCAUCGUCAUGUGCUGUUUUGGUCUUCGAGCCCAUCUUAUCCUAUGACAGCAGGUGGGUACAGGCAGGCUUCUGCCCGCUCUCAUUUUGAAGUAUGGGGGUCCCUUCAGGUGCCACUUGGGCCACAGCAGGCAGAGGUGACGGGUGUGGGCCGGGCACGGUACUGCUGCUCCUGGCUCAGGCGGUGCUCGCCAUCUUCC